AAUGUAGUGUGGAAUUUGUGGUGAAAUUGAGAUAAAGUUUGGUGAAAAAUAGUGACAAUCAGCUGAUUUUUUCGGUCUCUUGAACAAAAAAUAAACAAUUUUAAAUUAAUUAUUAAUUUUUGUUGAAUUAUUGAUUUUAUGUUUCGAAAAAUCAUGUCUGAAGUGGACAUCAAACAGAAUCUAAAAUUAGUUGUUGAAAAAAUUGAGGAAGCUUUCCGGAAGCGUUCACCGAGUCUGCAGACAGAAAAACCCUAUCUUGUUGCUGUUUCCAAGACAAAACCAGCUGAAUUGGUUGUGGAGGCGUACUCAGCUGGUCAGAGGCACUUUGGGGAGAAUUAUGUCCAAGAGUUGGUGGAAAAGUCCCAUAAUCCUGAACUUCUAGAGAAAUGCAAGGAGAUUAAAUGGCAUUUUAUUGGGCACCUUCAGAGCAACAAAGUAAACAAAGUAUUGGCAGUUCCGGGACUCUACAUGAUUGAGACGGUGGACUCGGUAAACUUGGCAACAGCGAUUAAUAAAGCAUGGGAGAAGUUCAGGAAGGAAGAGACGGAGAAUUUGAAGGUUCUCGUGCAGGUGAACACAAGUGCUGAGGAUGUCAAGAGUGGCAUUGACCCAAAAGAAGCUAUUAAUCUCUAUAAGUUCAUCAAGGAUCAAUGUCCCAAUUUGCACGUAGAGGGUAUAAUGACCAUUGGAAAGUUUGGUCAUGAUUACUCUACAGGACCUAAUGAGGAUUUUAUUGCACUAAUGCAAUGCUAUGAUGAGAUUGUGAGGGAACUCCAACUCAAUCCUCGUGAACUUCACGUCUCAAUGGGCAUGUCGAAUGAUUAUGAACAUGCGAUCGCCGCCGGAAGUACGAUCGUCCGUGUUGGAACCUCAAUAUUUGGUGCACGGACGCCAAAGAGUGAUGCCAAAUGAAUUCUCUUUAAUAUGAUCUCUGUAUUUUCUUCAGCAUGAGAAAUAUUCUCUCAUUCAGUCUUCCAAUAAACAGCCGGAGCUCAGCCGUUAAAAAAGA